AGCCCGGUCUGCCACUCUGCGAAUCGAACUUCGCCGCACACUGUACACACGAUCCACAGAACCAGCCCAUCAUGAGAAUACGACUCCCUUUUGCGGGAGUCUUUUUCUUCCUGCUCCUUGUCACAGGUUAUGCCGGCCUGACGUCACUGCAGCUCGGCGAGCUCAUCAACGACAAGCUUCUCCACCUCAUCACAUUCUUCGUCCUCACCGUGGUCUUCUACUGGAUUGUCGACACGAACCGCCGUCGCACUCUAAACUUGACCCUAACGGUCUGCACAUUCUCGCUCGGCGUCGGCUCCGAGUUCCUGCAGGCGCUGCUUCCAAACGGCCGAGAUUUUGACAUUUACGACAUCGCUGCGAACAUCGUCGGUAGCCUGGCAGGACUGGCGCUAUGUUCAUGGUACCAUAAGCGUAUGCUGGAGCGCAAGCGCUUGCGCAAGGGAUACCAGCCUGUCGACGGUGUCGACGGUGGCCCUGGCGAGGAGGACGUUGAGCUGGGCGAAGGUCUGGGUUACUCUGCUGAUGGUGGCCAUGAAGAGGGUAUCACGGAUGCUCCCGUCUAUGCAGAGCCAAGCGGGCCAGUUGGGGACAGGGGCUUGACUUUGGAGCAAGAGGUCGACAACUGGGACGAGAAUGGCGAGGAUGCAUGGGACGAGGCGGACGUAGGUGACAUUGGUGACACGACUCUGGCCACCAAGAGCGAAGGAAUCGCAGGGGGAAAUGGUGACGGGAAGACCCAAAAAAGAGCCGACUGA